AUGGGUGAUACGAUAAUGUUAAGGUUCAGUGGUGAGGUUGACGAAUCGAAUUUUGGCCUUUUACCAAAUUACACAUGGAACGACGUUGUUGACAGCUUGGCUUCUAAUGAAAAACUAUUCUUUUUGCAAAGACACGGUGAAGGGUGGCACAAUGUUGCAAGACGCUAUUUGAAUAUCUCAUACCAUGAUUGGCAGUGUCAUUGGUCGUUGGUCGAUGGCAAGGAUGGUAUUGAGUGGUAUGAUGCCGAAUUGACGCCUCGCGGAAAAAAGCAAGUUGCAUCAUUAGCACACAAGAUCAAACAUACAGAUGAAUUUCCAUUUCCACUGAGAUUCUAUGUAAGUCCAUUAAGGAGAACGUUGCAGACUUGGCUCGGAACAUGGCAAAAUUUAACAAGUAAAAUUCCAACAAUUAAAGAAAAUGCUAGAGAAAAGUACGGAAUCGAUUCCGAAAGCAAAAGACACGAAAAGGAGUACAUUGUAGCCAAAUUCCCAAAUGAAUUUAAAUUUGAACCUUACUUUUCUGAAUUUGAUGAUAAAUGGUCGCUGGAAGAGAGAGAAAAAUUGCAGCAUUGUCGGUAUAGAGCAGCUACUUUGUUGCGGGACAUAUUCAAGGAGGUGACCGAUAACGAAAAGGUAAUAAGUGUUGUCUCUCAUUCGGGAAUCAUCUAUUGCAUCUUGGAUGUUGUACAACAUAGAUAUUAUGGACUCCAUACUGCCGGCUUAAUCCCUGUAAUUGUCAAGAUGGAGAGAGAAACAAAAUUGUACCCUUUGGACGAUGCAUUUUCAAACUUUACGGAUUGGUGUCCAUCUCAUUUCACUUCCGAAACAUAUAUAGAGCAAACGGUUAGUGAGAAGGAAAAUGAAUAUUAG